GACGGCGCGUCGCACAUCGCUUGCCCGUCGGCAGUGAAAAAUGGCCGGAGCCAGCGACUGGUUUAGCAUCGGCAGCACGGUGCUCUGUAAAACCUGCCAUGAGAAGGAGAUAGAGGGUGAGGUGUUGGCGUUCGAUCCACAGACCAAAAUGCUGAUACUAAAAUCUCCAUCAUCAAGUGGAAGACCCUCGUUAAAUGAUAUACAUAUAGUAAAUUUAUCCCUCGUGUCUAAUGUUCAAGUGACACGAGAAGUUAGUCCUACUACCAGUGAACCACCACAGAGCCUUAAUUUACAAAGGCUAAACACAAGAGUCCGUAAUCAGAUCGAUGAGAAGAGGAGACUGGUAAUGGCUCUGCAGGCCGGAGUAUCUCCAGAAGGACAGAAACUUUUUAUUGCUAUCUCAAAAACCAUACAAGAUAUUACGUGGAAUGGAGCUAAUAUUGUUGUAUUUAAUAAUGUCACUAUUAGACCGCCAUACAAAGUGGACAAUGUUCAUGGAAACACAGAAUCUGGUGCAUAUAGACAUGUAAAAAAAGUGGUUGAGAAACACAUUAAGGAUACAUUACAAGCGCAACAACAACGGGAUCAACAACAACAGAAAGGCGGUGAGCUGCAAUAAAAGUUCAAGGCACUACAUCAAGAUUGCUAGCAUAUUUUUCAACAAGUUCCAAUAUUGACAAGAUGUGAGGAAGAAGAAUUAACAGGAUAUUGAACAAAAUAGCCCGACUGCAAAAUAAUUUAAACAAGCCUAUCGCGGAUAUUCAGCAUUUUCGAACAAACUCCAGUGUUUGUUUGAAAAAAUACACACAACACAAAUGAAACGCAGAUUCAACACGAAAAUUUCACAUCAACUUGAAUCCGAGUAUUGUUAACAAUAUCGUUUAUGCAGCAUUUUAUAAAUACAAUCAGACGUACAAUUCAUAAAAUUAUUAGUCACCAGCCUGAACAAAAUUACGUUAAAAAAAAACGAAUAAUGAAUUAAACAAAUUAUCGCGUAUCACACCAUUGGCAUUAUGCUUACGCGCAAUGCAUAUCAACUGCGCCAGAAAUGUGUUGCAAUUUUAGUUCAAAAUACGUUCAAUGGUCGGUUCAUCAAUUAUCGAUCAACAGAAACGUAUUUUAGCGAAAUCAAUUGUCCCUUUUUUAGCGAGAUUUCUCGCGUCCGUGAAAACACGAUGUACAUUGUUCAAAACCGCAUGAAGCGAUUUGAACUUUCCGAUCCAUGCAACUUUCAAAAUCAGAAGACGAGUGCGUCGCAGAAGUCGCGGAAGGAUAAAAUACAUGAUUGUCGAUAUUUAGAAUACUUCGUGGAUAAUCUUAAUUUUCCCGAUAAUAAAUUGAUUUUCGAUAGCCACAGUAAAGUAUCUUUUUAUGCUGGUGCUUACUGCUUGCUUUUAACAUUAAAUAAAAUAAUGUAAUCAAAAUAACGUAGUUUUAAUAUCUGACGUCAAUUUUGAUGAUGUGAUUUAUUUCGAUGUUAUAAAUGAACAGCAUGAGGCAUCAGCGUAAAGUUGCAUCUAUAUCGUGCCGAUAUGUUAUCAUGAUAAAUCACGAUGAACGUCUAUUUUUAUCAAUAUAAAUCAAUUUUAAUCUCUCUUUUUAUUUCUUUAUCUUUCGAAUUCUUAGAACUAAAACAAGAUUAAAAAGUAAAUUAAACUUAAAUAAAAGUUAAUCUAGAUUGGUAAAAAUGGACAUUAAUCGACAAUUGUUAACUCUAUAUUCUAUCCAGAAUGAGUAAUGAUAUUAUAAAUCGUAAUUGUAUUAAAUUGCGCGAAGAUUAAUCUGUCUGCAUUCUUUGCUGUGGAACGCUUAUUUUCCGUGAAAAGAAUUUGUGGGUCUUCCAUCAGAAUGUGGUCAAACACAAUCCGACAAUUCGUGUCAUGUCUUUUAUCCUGAUUUCGCCAAGGCGAAACGCAUUGAUCUUUGCACGAUCUCGACGAUCCCAAUCCUAUUUCGAAGUUCGCUCGUCACGAGCAAUUGUUCUCGAUGACAGCGAAUCUUUUCGUAUCAACCGAGAAAAACAAACGUCGCGAACAUCUGCGGUUCAUAUGCGUAUGCACGCGGGCACGGGAGGAUGGAAUUUCAAAAGCGACGUCCUCGGUUGUCCUCUAAUGUAAGACCGAGCAUUGUCAAGAAUAUAAUUUAGGGAAAACUAGGCUCUUGAUCCCAUGCCCGUUUGCCAUUC